AUGAAGUUCUCUCAGGCUGUGAAGCUAGCCGUCCUCGUCGGGGCUUCCCUCCCCACCCAGGCAGCGGCUGUCCCGACCCCAGCUGCGUCGAGCGCGCUGCCGACUGGGACGUCCGUGGUGUCUGGACUGAACGUCUUGGCAAAGGCGGCUGGCAAGCUCUAUUUCGGUUCGGCCACCGACAACCCAGAGCUCACCGACACUACGUACACGAGUUACCUCGAUAGCAGCGCGCACUUCGGCCAGAUCACUCCAGGCAACAGCUUAAAAUGGGAUGCCACUGAACCCGAGCCGAACACCUUCACUUUCACUGAGGGUGACCAGGUUACGGAUCUCGUUAAGAGCAACGGCCAAAUUCUGCGCGCACACAACCUGGUUUGGCAUGAACAGCUCCCCGACUGGGUGACGGCGAACAAUUACAAUGCCACUGGCUUGACGGCGGUCAUUCAAAACCACAUCGCAAACGUAGCAGGACACUACAAGGGCCAGCCCUGUAUGUACGCCUGGGACGUAGUUAACGAACCCCUCAACGACGGUGAUGGGAGCUUCCGGUCAGAUGUGUUCUACGAUACCCUGGGCAGCAGCUACAUCUCCAUCGCCCUGACCGCGGCGCGCGAGGCUGACCCGAACGCCAAGUUGUACAUCAACGACUACAACAUCGAGUCCACCGGCGCGAAAGCCACAGCGAUGCAGAACCUCGUCAAGUCGCUCCAGGCCGACGGUGUGCCCAUCGACGGCAUCGGCAUGGAGUCGCACUUCAUCGUCGGCGAGGUGCCGACCACGCUCGUGGAGAACUUCCAGGCGUUCGCCGCGCUCGGCGUCGAGAUCGCCAUCACGGAGCUCGACAUCCGCAUGACGCUCCCCGAGACGGCCGCCCUGCUCGAGCAGCAGAAGCAGGACUUCUACACCGUCGUCGACGCGUGCCUGCAGGUUUCCGCGUGCAAGGGCAUCACUGUGUGGGACUGGACGGACAAGUACUCAUGGGUCCCCUCGACGUUCUCUGGUCAGGGUGCCGCCACGCCUUUCGACGACAAUUUCGUCGAGAAGCCCGCCUUCGACGGUAUUGUCGAGGCGCUCAAAGGGCAGAGCUUCUCGUAA